CUUUCAGUGUGUUUAUACACCUCCGAGUUCAAUAUACAUGUACACAGCAGUCAGAACAGGUGAACAAGGCAAUGAAAAAAAGAUAAACUAAGAUUCAUCAGUAUGGAGGGAAGUGCAGGGGAGAAGAUUGAACAGGAGGAACAAGAAAAAUCAUCAGUUGAGGAACCAGUCAUGCAGAGCCAAAGCAACACAGAAAAAGAAGCAAAUGAUGAAGAAAUCACAGGAAAUAUAUUACAUGAUUGUGAUAUAUGUGGUAAACAAUAUACAUCUAGUUAUCAGUUCAAGUUACACAUGCGACAUCAUGCUGGAAUGAAAGUUUACACUUGUGAAGUGUGUGGUUUUGCCGUUUUAAGGAAAAAUGCUUUGGAAAUACACAUGAGAACUCAUACUGGUAAUAAACCUUAUCAGUGUGAAAAAUGUGGAAAAGGAUUCAAAGAAAAAGAUCAUGUAUUGAGGCACAUGAUAACACAUUCUGAUGAUAGACCCUUUGUUUGUGACAUAUGUGGUAAAACAUUUAAGCAUAUUCAAAACUUAAAAAAACAUGUAAAACAACAUGCAAGUGCCAACCCUUACAAAUGUGAUGUAUGUUGUAAAGGGUUUAGUCAGGCGGUUGAGUUAGAGGAACACAUGAGAACACACCCUGCCCAUGAUGGUCCUUUUAAAUGUAAUGUGUGUUAUAAAGUGUUUAGUCAGCAUUUUGAUUUAGAGGAACACAUGAAAACAGACCCUGACGGUGAUGGUCCGUAUAAAUGUUAUGUAUGUUGUAAAGAGUUUGAACGGAGUGAGCAAUUACAGAUCCACUUAAGAGUGAUGCAUAAAUGCAUUAAGUGUGGAGAAGUGUUUAAAACUUCAGCUCUCUUAAAGAUACACAAGAAAAUACAUGUUGGUGAAAAAUGCUUUAUAUGCAGCAUAUGCGGUACAGCCUUUAAGGAGAAGGCAACCUUACAAAAACAUUUUACUAGACAUUCUGAUGAAAAACCUUUUAAAUGUGAUGUAUGUGGUAGAUGCUUUAGGCUGGAUAAACUCCUAAAAACGCACUUGAAAGUACAUACAGGUGAUAGGGCUCAAUUUAUAUGUAAUGUAUGUGGGAAAGUGUUUGUUAAGAGGUGUUCCUUAAAGGAGCACAUGAUACUACACACUGGGGAUAAACCAUAUAAAUGUGAAAUAUGUGGUGAAACAUUUAGUCAGAAUAGAAGUUUAAAAGGACACUUGAGAAAGCAUAAACGUUAUAAAUGUGAUGUAUGUGGUAAAGAGUAUAGUCAAAGUCAUAGUUUAGCAAAUCAUGUCAUGACUCACACGGGUGAAAGUCCAUAUAGAUGUAUUGUCUGUGAUAAAGGUUUUAUUGUUAAAGCAGCCCUUCAAAAACACAUGAGAAAACACUCACAGGAUCAUGAUGAUAGACCUUACAAAUGUGGAGAGUGUGGGAAGGGAUUUACAGGGCCUUAUUUUUUAGAGACACACUUGAGGUCCCAUACGGGGGAUAAACCUUAUAAUUGUGAUAUAUGUGGUAAAUAUUUUAUUUGUACAAGUAGUCUUAACACACAUACACAGAGAUUACAUACUGCAGUCAAACCUUUAAAUCCUGAUAUAUCUGGUGAAAGUUUGAGUUCUUCAACUAAUCUUAAUCUACAAACUACUUACCAUGCUGACAAACAUCAUAAAUGUGAUAUUUGUGGUAAAAGGUUCCGUAUGCCAAGCAUUUUAAAAAUACACAUGAUCACACACACAGGUGAGAGGCCAUAUAAAUGUGAAAUAUGUUGUAAAGGACUCUGUACUUCAACCAGCUUAAAAAAGCAUAUGAAAUUACAUACUGACCCAACCAAGAUAAAAAGGCACAUGAGAUUACUCAUCGAUGCAGCCGACAUGAGAAAGCACAUGAAAUUACACAUUGACACAACCAACUUAUAAAAAAGCGCAUGAGAUAACUAACUGACCCAACAAACUUAAGAAAGCACAUGAAAUUACUCACUGAU